CUGCGGAAGGCACCACCACGUUCGAGACAAGGCAGGAACACUCGUGAUGCUGCUGGCCUUCAAUGGUUACUUCUCGCGACAGGACCUUGCAAGUAUAUAACAAUCGAGCAUCUCCUAGCUCCAGUCCCAUCAUCAGAAUUCACAAAGAUUACAACCACAGCCCACUUGCAUAGUGCUCAAGACAUUACUCACUAGAGAUUCACACCACUCGAUACCCCGCUGGCUUAUACGCCAUACAACCAAGGCUCUAGCCGCACACCACAAUGACUUCUUUCGACGCCUACACAGACCGCGCCGCAAAAGCUCUGGGAGACAGCUUCGAGCUGGCCAAGGACUAUGCGCACUCACAGCUCACCCCACUUCAUCUUGCGGUCUCGCUAAUAGAUCCGCCAAAAGAUCAAGCCAACCAGGUCGACAUACCACCACCACCGCUGUUCAAACAAGUCAUUGAACGCGCCAAUGGCGAUGCACAACUCUUCGAACGCGCUCUCAAGAAGGCCCUGGUACGAUUACCAAGCCAGGACCCUCCGCCAGAGCGCACGUCGCCCUCACCGAAGAUGGCGGAGAUCCUCCGAAAAGCAGAAGAGCUCAGUCGAACACAGAAGGACAGCUUCAUUGCCGUCGACCAUCUCAUCCAGUCGCUCUGCAAAGAUGCUUCGAUCCAACGAUGUCUCGCCGACGCGAAUGUUCCGAAUGCGAAGCAAAUUGACAACGCCAUCCAGGCGCUACGAGGCACCAAGCGAGUCGAUUCAAAGACGGCUGAUGCGGAGCAGGAUAAUGAGAACUUGAAGAAGUUUACCAUCGACAUGACUGCUAUGGCACGGGAAGGAAAGAUCGACCCAGUCAUUGGCCGUGAAGAAGAGAUUCGACGAGUCAUCCGCAUUCUGUCACGACGAACAAAGAACAACCCUGUUCUGAUCGGAGAGCCUGGUGUCGGUAAGACUACAGUCGUUGAGGGUCUUGCCCGCCGUAUCGUCGACGCAGAUGUGCCCGCCAAUCUUGCAGCCUGCAAGUUGCUCUCCCUGGAUGUUGGUGCUCUCGUUGCUGGCAGCAAGUACCGCGGAGAAUUCGAAGAGCGUAUGAAGGGCGUCUUGAAGGAGAUUGAAGAGUCCAAGGAGAUGAUAGUAUUGUUCGUGGACGAAAUACAUCUGCUUAUGGGUGCUGGUUCUUCUGGCGAAGGUGGCAUGGACGCUGCCAACUUGCUCAAGCCUAUGCUCGCCCGUGGACAGCUGCACUGUAUUGGUGCAACCACCCUUGCCGAAUACCGCAAGUACAUCGAGAAGGAUCAAGCUUUCGAACGUCGUUUCCAGCAGGUCCUGGUCAAGGAGCCUUCGGUUCCAGAGACCAUCUCCAUUCUGCGUGGUCUGAAGGAGAAGUACGAGACUCAUCACGGUGUCACCAUCAUGGACGGCGCCAUUGUCGCUGCUGCCACGCUCGCUGCUCGCUAUCUGACACAACGUCGCCUUCCAGACUCUGCCGUCGAUCUAGUUGAUGAGGCAGCAGCAGCUGUGCGUGUCACUCGAGAGUCACAGCCCGAAGCACUCGAUAACCUUGAACGCCGCCACCGUCAACUACAGAUCGAGAUUCAUGCUCUCUCUCGUGAGAAGGAUGAGGCAUCGAUCCAGCGUCUCAAGGAAGCUCGCGCCGAGGCGGCCAACAUUGAAGAAGAUCUCAAGCCUCUCCGCGACAUGUAUGAGCGCGAGAAGGGCCGCAGCCGCGAGAUUCAGGACCAGAAGGUCAAGCUUGAUGGUCUCAAGAACAAGCUUGCUGAGGCUGACCGAAUGCGCGACAUUCAGACUGCUUCAGACUUGAAGUACUACGCCAUUCCUGAUGUUGAGAGUCGUAUUACGGAGCUCGAGAAACAGAAGGCCCAAGCAGACGCCGAGAUGUGGGCUCACAAGGAUGGUGACGGCCAUGCUUUGCUCAGCGACUCUGUCGGGCCCGAUCAGAUCAACGAGAUUGUCGCUCGGUGGACAGGCAUUCCUGUCACUCGGCUCAGGACAACUGAGAAGGAGAAGCUACUUCAUAUGGAGCGUCACCUCAAUACUACAGUUGUCGGACAGAAGGAGGCUGUCACUGCAGUUUCCAACGCCAUUCGUCUGCAGCGUUCCGGUCUUGCCAACCCCAAUCAACCACCUAGUUUCCUCUUCUGUGGUCCGUCUGGUACCGGUAAGACAUUACUCACUAAGGCUCUUGCCGAGUUCCUCUUCGACGACCCAAAGUCGAUGAUCCGUUUCGACAUGUCUGAGUACCAGGAGCGACAUUCCCUUAGCCGAAUGAUUGGCGCGCCUCCUGGCUACGUUGGUCAUGAUGCUGGAGGUCAGCUUACCGAGGCCCUCCGACGCAAGCCUUUCUCAAUUCUGCUCUUUGAUGAGGUUGAGAAGGCUGCCAAGGAGGUUCUGACUGUACUCUUACAGCUUAUGGAUGACGGACGUAUCACCGACGGGCAAGGUCGCGUCAUCGAUGCGAAGAACUGCAUUGUCGUCAUGACCUCUAACUUGGGUGCCGAGCACCUUGCUCGCCCGAACAAUCCCGAUGGUAGGAUCGACCCCACCACUAGGGAGCUGGUCAUGGGCGCAUUGCGAAGCUGGUUUCUUCCCGAGUUCCUCAACCGUAUUUCCAGCAUCGUCAUCUUUAAUCGUCUUACUAAGAGAGAGAUCCGCAAGAUUGUCGAUGUGCGUAUGGGAGAAAUCCAGAAGCGACUUUCGUCCAACGGGCGGAAUGUCCGCAUCGCCUUGUCACCGGAAGUCAGCGAUUAUCUUGGUUCGGCUGGUUACUCGCCUGCCUAUGGUGCACGCCCGUUGGCCCGCCUUAUUGAGAAGGAAGUUCUCAACCGACUUGCGGUGCUCAUCUUGCGUGGCGCCGUUAAGGAUGGAGAAGUUGCACGUGUUGAAUUGGACGAUGGACACAUUGUCGUCGUGCCUAAUCAUACUGACAGCGAAGAGGAUUCGGAGAUGUACGACGAGUCUGACGCUGUAGCUGAACUGGAAGACGAGGAUGGCGGCAUGGACCUUUACGACUAGAUGUCGCCUACGGUUGGAUGUCACAACAGAGGUGUGGCUUGAUAGAAUCACGAUUGACGAAAGCCGGUAAAGCAUAGGUGUUACGGCGUAUGGGAGUACAUGUUUGGAUUAGACUUGCACCUGUUUCACAAGGUGCGAUUCAUGUGUAGUUUGAAGAGUAUAUAGUACCGCAUUGACCAACUGGGCUUUUAGUAUAGUUAUUCAAUCCAAGAUGGAUAAA